UCCCGCGAGCAGUUGCGGCGGGAGAGCGGCGGGCCGAGAGCGUGACUCGCCGGCUCCGGCGCUGCCUGCUUCCCCCUCGCCGCCUCCCGCCGCCGCGCGCAGCCAUGUCCGAGGAGAAGCCCAAGGAGGGAGUGAAGACAGAGAACGACCACAUCAACCUGAAGGUGGCUGGGCAGGACGGCUCUGUGGUCCAGUUCAAAAUCAAGAGACACACCCCGCUGAGCAAGCUGAUGAAGGCCUACUGCGAGAGGCAGGGCUUGUCAAUGAGGCAGAUUAGAUUCAGGUUUGAUGGGCAACCAAUUAAUGAAACAGAUACCCCAGCACAGCUGGAGAUGGAGGAUGAAGACACCAUUGACGUGUUCCAGCAGCAGACGGGAGGCUCGAGGGAGACCAGCUGCCUCUCAGGGUGCGGCCUCUAGAGGGACCGUGCCCACCGUGUCGCCGUCCUUGCAUUGUCAUUGAAUAGUGAACACGUGACCACGCCAAUCACAGAGGAGUCUGCAGACACCCGAGGACAGUCACCCAAAGUACUUCCCUCUCUGACGUACUGCGAGUGCAGCUCCACUCUCCGCAGGGACGGAGCCACCACCAAAUAGGGCCAAUCUUGGUCGUCAUCUUCGUUUAGGCAAAAUGAA